GUGUCGAUGUCCAGCAGAAUUGGUCUGUCAAUCCAUCAAGCGUAAAACAUCGAGGUUAUAGCCUGGUUCAUCAAGAAUUUCUUCCAGCACGUUUGAGUUUUCAAUGGCUCGUUGAGUUCGAAGCACCUGUUGAUGCUUAGUACACAAAGUCAGAGUCGAUUAAAGGGGUACGGGUGAAUGAUGGAAUGAUUUUACCUACCGGCCUGCCUUCAAGUGUAUUUAGAAAUCCUUCUUGAAACUGGUCCUGCCUUCGGUUUGUGCUAAAGCUGGCCGAAAUGAAAGUAGUAAGCACUAAGAAAACGAGAUUGACACGAAGAGAAAGGAAACAAGUGCAGCGUUUAGACAUCGUCAAGCAAACUUAUCGCUUCAACGGCAGUCACGGCCGGCCAUCGUCCGCUCUUCGGUAUAAUAAUUGUGUAGUUUUAUAGGGUCGUUCAGAUUCAAACGAUAACACGAAGUCAACGAGGUAAAACUGUCCAGUGUUAACCACCUGAUGGUCAUCCACAACGUUUUCAACACAAGGUGUUCUUUCGUUCAAGAUGUCGCGAACGAGCGUGAUUAGUAGUCUUGUUAUUACUCUCGUUUUCUUUCGACUUUUGGUGCCUACGACGUCGACGGAGACGUUAGAGGCAUUACCAGCCACAUCGGAAACUGUGAAAAGAAAAUGGUCUUACAAUUACAAGAGACCGGACCCAAAACCCAAGCCAUCCUGGAGUCACAAAGAGCAUGAAGCUUGGCCUCGGAAAUUUCCAACGUGUGGUGGGAAACAGCAAUCACCUAUAAACAUCCAACCAAAUUCAACAAUAAUCACAUCAUACCCCAACUUUAAAUUCCAUAAUUACGGUUUUGUCGAAGGCAUGGAAUUGAUCAACAAUGGACACAGCGCGGCUUACAAUUUGCCAAUUAACUAUCCCAAAAAGAAGACUCCUCAUAUUAGCGGUGGUGGCCUGGAUGGUAUCUACCAAUUCGCUCAGAUUCAUAUGCAUUGGGGCAAUGAUUCGAGUAAAGGUAGCGAACACCUCAUCAAAUCGAAAAGCUAUCCAGCCGAAAUGCAUUUGGUCCACUGGAACGUCAAAUAUGGUUCGUUUGCUGAAGCAAGUAAAUAUUCUUAUGAUGGUCUUGCUGUUCUGACAAUUUUCGCAAAGGUGGUGCCCGACGAUAAUAAAUCGUAUCAGCCUUUGGUUGAUCAACUGGGCGAGAUAAUUAAGAAUGGCGAUGAAACGAUCUUAAGAAAACCCGUUUCGCUCUUUGAUUUAUUGCCUAAACGGACUACUACGUUCUAUCGCUAUUUUGGCUCUGUCACCACUCCAGCAUGCCAGGAAAUUGUCAUCUGGACCAUCUUCGACAAAGCGAUUGAAAUGUCUGAAAGACAACUAAACAAGUUUAGAAGCCUCGAAGAUGAAGUAGGUGAACGGAUGGUGGAUAACUUCCGUCCACCGCAACCUGUUAAUGAUCGCACCGUAUUUUAUAGAUCGCACAAAGUCCCCGACAUUCCAUUGUCUGUGACGGAUCCUUAUUCUCCAUUUUCCGAAGCUUAUAAAUGGAGUAAAUCGACAUUCAAAAAUUAUGCAAACAGGUUUUGGGGAAUGUUUGAUCCGCCUGCCCAUCUUCGUCACGCUUUUUGCCGAACUCGACCUUGUUAACUCCGAUCCUGCCUACCUGUACGUAAAAUGGCCCAAAGUCUUUGAAGGUUGUGUAUAACUCGAUCCGUGAAAGUGCGUCGUGAAAGAACAAUUUAUUGCGUGAGUCGAUUGUGCUGAAAGAACUUUCGGCGAGAAUUAUAUCAACAAGGUAAUCGUUCAGUUUAGUCGAGUUUCAUGCACGAUGAAGCGGAGAACAUCGGCGUAGGACAUUGUUUGCCAUUGGUAUUUGAAUCUUCUCACGUUUGGUCACGGUUUUCGUCCCUUAGCGUAAGUGUGGGGGAGAUACGGUAACUGAAAGAAUUAAAUUUCCUUUUCUUUUUGUUUUGUUUCACCUAACGCAUAAAUAUAGA